AUGACGCUCCUCUCUGUCCAGAGUUGUCCUGUGUUCUGUCAUUUGCUCCCUCCCUGGUGUACACUGUUCUCCCAGCUGUCAGAGUCAGUCAGCCUGUCCAAUGGGAAGUGGCUAAUGUUCAUGGAAGAGGCUACGUCGAUAGAGGAGUUCUUCUCCGACAUUUACGUCCCGUUCGACAGCGAGUUCCUGGUGGCACAGAGUUCUUCUGGACUCAGUACUGAGAACUAUGAAGUGUCACUCACUGAGGUAUACAAAAUACAGGCAAUUCUGCCACUCCAGAAGAAUCGAAUUGCUAACUGGAGUUCAGUGAGUGGAUUAAGCUGGACUACUGUGGAUCUACAUCAGAGGCGAGAUCUGCAGGGCGUCGUCAUGAGAUGCGUGUUUCUUCCCGAACCUCCAUACUUAACAGUGGGAAGGUACAAUGGUAAAGUUCCUGCAGACGUGAGUGGAUAUUCAAUAGAACUUAUGAAGAUUCUUCAAUAUCGCCUGAAUUAUACGGUACAAUAUUACAUUCCUGAUGAAAUAUCUUAUGGAACAGAAGAUGAAAAUGGUUCAUGGAGUGGUAUGGUGGGAGAAGUGUUCAAAAAGCGAGCGGAUAUCGGGCUAAACCUGUUCAUGCUAACUGCAAAACGCGCCACAGCUGUCGGCUUUUUCCCACCGAUCUUCAACACAAAGAUGAUGGUGCACAUCAGAGGGCCGGAACUGGUUCACAGCGGCAUCAGGCACGUUGUGAGGCAGUUCACACCUCUCCUUUGGGUCGCCGUGAUCAUCACGAUGACAAUACUGAUGCUGCUCCUGUCGGCCACUUGGUAUAUCGGAAUUCAUUGCAAUCAUCACGAGGAACUAAUCAGCUACAGGCUUUGUGACACGUGGCUGUAUACGGUCGGCAUCAUGUGUCAGCAAGGGCCUGUCAGACUGUCAUCAGUGGAUGACUUCUCUGCUCAAGACAGCUACUUAGAGCAAAUCUACUGA